AUGCCCGCCGGGCCUCCGGGGAGCGUCCUGGCCAGCGGCUGUCUGUGUCUUUCUGCCCGCGAGCUGCAGCGCGCUGGCUGUUUUUAUGUGGGAAAAAAGUGCGUGAAUCGGACGGCCGAAGAGUCUCGCAGACGCCUGUGUCCACCGCUCGCGAACACUCAGUCCGCAAGUGGCCGCGCUCUAAUUGCCCCCGUCUCCGACCCUCCGGGCGUGUCUCUGGCAAACGAAUUUGUCGAGCUUCCCGUCCUCGCCGUGGCGCACUCCGAAAGCUGUUGCUUCUGCGAUGCUUGGAACGGGCAAGUCACUGUUUUCGCGAAUCUGGGGGAAGUCGGCGAGGGCGAGGAAGUGAACCGCGCCGCAGGAGCGUUUUGGUCUUUGCGCCGACGGGGAAACGCAAACACAAAAAUGGCAGAAACCGCAGCGCGAGAUGGCGCGGACGGAAACGCGCGGAAUGAUGAAAAGACUGCACAUUGCGACCGCGGACAGUCGAGGGGGACAGGAGCGCGAGGCGAUGAAGGUGGAGCGUCGCCUUUCGAGAAAAAAGUCGGGGAAAGCUACGCCGCAUUCGCCGACAGACUCCACAACCGCGAGGGCUUCCCGCUCUACCUCGACAAUAACAGCUCCACAAAGACCGAUCCCCGUGUUUUCCAGGAAAUGGCCCCGUUCUUUGAAAGCCUCUUUGGAAAUCCAGGAAGUGCACACGAACGCGGCAGAAUCAACAAGGCGGCGCUCGAGGAGGGGCGCGAACGCGUCGCCGGCUGCCUCGGCGUCCCUCCGUCGACCAUCUUCUUCACGUCAGGCGCAACAGAGAGCCUCAACUGGGCAAUCAAAUGCGGCGCUACUGCUCAGAGCCGAAAAGGCCUCGACCGCCACAUCGUGACCACUCGCAUCGAACACCCAGCAGUCCUAGAGAUCUGCAAAUUUCUGGAGGAAGACCACGGCUUCCAAGUAACAUUUUGUCCUGUUGACUGCUUCGGCUUCGUAAACCUCGAGGCUCUCUCGAGGCUGCUGCGUGCCGAGACUGCGUUUGUCAGCGUCCCACAUGCGAAUGCAGAAAUUGGAGCAGUGCAACCUAUCGAGAAGGUUGCCAUGAUUGUGCGAGAGCACGCACCGCAUGCGCUCUUGCAUGUCGAUUGCUCUCAGUCGCUCGGCAAAAUACCAGUGAAUAUUCCUCAGCUUGGCGCCGACUUGGUGACGAUUGCAGGACACAAGAUCUACGCGCCCAAAGGCGUCGGCGCUCUUUACGUCGGUUCCCGAGCAUGCUUAGGGCCGCUCCUUCACGGGGGCGGACAGGAAAGAAGACUCCGAGGUGGAACAGAAAAUGUGCCAUACUGUGUGGCGCUGGGCAAGGCAUGUGAGCUGAUAGCUCAGGGUUGGUCUGAGCCCCAGGGAUCGCGCGCCACGAUUUCGGACUCGGCUGCUCCUCUUCCUCGCUCUGCGUCUCCUGGCCCGCUGACUUCCCCGGCAACGGGAUACGGCGAGAGCCCCGAGGCCGGAGCCUCCGCAGAGACUCGCGGCGGCGGCGACCGGGAUGCACAUUCACCUCAGGAGGAGGACGGGAGCGAGGAGGCGAACCAAGGGGGAGAGGGGAGAGGCGGAGACGCAGGGCAGAUGCGCGAGGAGCCAGGCGUCGCUGGAGAGGGAGAAGGCGCAGCGCAGGUCACCAAGACGGGGUUCGCGGAGGAGCAAACCGCGACGUCGUCGGGUCCGGGUGUACGUACACCCCACGGCGAAGGAGACAAGCCGUUUUCCUGGCUGCCGAGUCUCACCUCGACGUUUCGCAUGGGAUCGAGUUGCGAGCGAAAGCGCGAGGACGGCCCGCGCGACACUGUCUUCCCUGCUUCAGCGUCGGCUCUCAGUCGCGUCUGCGUGUCGUUGGGCUUCUCGCGGGUUUUGCCACCGGCGCUUGCCUCGGAUGCGUCGCAUCGAGCCAGCGGGUCGUUCGCUGGCGAGUGGGGAUCUUUCUCGGACAGACAGGGGGCUGCAAGCAGCCUUUCGGCGCACCCGAAACACAUGGAACAGUCUUUGAUCAAAUUCACUCAGCAGUUCUUCGCCGAGCUGCUCCUCCUGACUCAGUGGUCACCAGACCAACUCGGCAACCUCAUCCGCAUCAACGGCCCUCUGCGACGAGCCCGAGCAUUCUUUGAGAGCGGUGACAACGCACAAGAGAAGAGUUUCGCCGAAGUGUACGGCGCGCUCCCGAACACACUUUCUCUGUCGAUUUGCGGCGCCGACGGACCGGAAAUCGUCAGACUUCUCUGCGACCGCCUGUGUAUCUCGGCGGGGUGUACGUGUCACAGCUCUGGGGAACUGACGAGUUCAACGCUUCAGGCGAUUCAGCUAGACAGAAAGUGGGCACGGGGAACCAUUCGAAUUUCUACUGGACGCUUCACAACGCUGAACGACGCGGCAGUGGCUGGACGUCUUCUAGCUCGGUUCCUGAUCUCAGAGAAUAUGCUUUUCGGGAAGCCCGAGCGUGUCUCCGCUGAUCUGUCUGCCGAUCGCGAAAACGGAGAGCUGACUGGAGGUGCCGAGACAUUCUAAAAACAAAGAGAUCGCUGACACUGCUGAAAAGCGUGCGUCUGAUCGAUGCAUCUGCUCACCCCGAGCCAAUGAGAACAUACGAUGAAAAAAACUGUCUUUCUCAACAUAAACAAAGUGACUGGCGAUCCACUGAAACAGUUUGCAAACGGGAUAAGUAUGGGCAGGGGACUUUGCUUACCAAACCAGACACACGGCACGCACACCCAUCCUAGACGGAGUUGCCCCGACAGCGGAACAAAAGAUCAGAAGGGCUGGUGAGAAGUGAAGCACGACAGUGGAGUGAAACGUGGCAUAAUACUUAGGUACUGGCAAGCACUCUGAACAAACGUGAACGGAAGAAAAACAAACACUGGAGCAGAACGAAAAAGGGCUGUCUCGUUCGUUGUGAAGCAAAAGCUGCGGAAUCGUAGACGUUCCGCGGUUGGUGUGACGCAAGAUUCAGAUUAAGAGCUUUUCGUCUCGUGGAUGGACGGAGUUUCGUAAUUGUUUCCUGCGUGGGCCUUUGCUGCCGUCGAGCGUGGCGAUCCGGCAGAAAUCCAGGGGUUUUCGCUAACAUGGCCGUUGUACCUGGAGUACGGCUGCGCAAUGGAAAACGGGCUGCAGGCUCUUAGGGGGGGGCGUCUCUGAGAGAGUAGAAAGUAUGAGACUAAAAUGUCGCUCGCUUUCCGGUGCAACAUGAGGCACUAGAACCAUUUUUCUGAUUUGUGAUUGCUUCCUGGACGACAUCUGCCAUGGCAGACGGGUCGGGGUGAGGUCCCAUUCGCAGAUUACUCUCACCAGCUUGUGUGAAAAUAAGUGGGUGGAGGAUCCGAGAGAAACGUCGAACCUCUUUGCACUUUCGUUACCGGGUUUUCUUUCCCCUUUUGUUUUGAGGUGAAUGCAAAACACUGUCGAUGUUACUGAGUGGAUGCACGGAU